AGGUCGUGUGAGAGAAGUAAAUGUCGGAAGGUGAGAAAUGGGGAGCGGUGUGUGAUCAAGUGUGGGGAGGUGAUGUCCAAGGAGUUCUGUCAGACACCGGCCCAGGAGACGGUAUCUCACGUCAGAGGCUCCCCAGGUUCUCCAACCACAAACAUGGCGCCGUCUGUGGACGAGACCGCGGUGGACGUGAAUCGGCGUCUGGACCAGCUGCUGCUGCGAGUCCUGGACGACCUGGAAGCUCUGAAGGAGAAGAGACAAAGUCUGAACGCCCUGGUGGAGGAGGGAUGGUUCUGCCUCUCUCAGUCUCGAUAUUCCAUGGGGAAUCACUCGGUGUCCUCCCUGCAGUAUCAGCCAGAGAUGGCGCCGUCUGUGCGCGUCCAGGACAGCAGAGCGGAGGAUGGAGUGACGACCUUCACCGUAGAACGCGUUCAGCCGGGGAAUCGGGACAAAGGCAAGGAAGAGACGUUCCAGGAAGUGGAAAACAUUGGCGCUGCGGAUCAAGUCCUGAGGCAUCGAGGUCGUAAAGGCAUAACUGAAGCACCUAAACCCACUACCACAGAAGAACCUGAGAAGCCCAAACCACCCUCGACCAAUGACCCCCUCCGCUGGUUUGGCGUCCUGGUCCCUCAGAGCUUACGACAAGCGCAGAGUAACUUCCGGCAAGGGAUCCUUCUGGCUGCUGAAUUGGCUUCUCUACAGAGCGGCAUCGAUGAGACCCGCGAGCAGUAUCGGGCUUUGCUUGCCCAGAAGAAACGGGAGCAAGUUCAGUCCGGCUGAGAGUGGGCGAUGAUUUUUUUUCCAAAAACCUUGAUGUAGGACCAAAAAUUGAACCUACCAAUAGGGGGCGUUAGACUUUGGGGACGUUCACAGUGGUGGGUUUGCACUGCUUGGUGGUCUGGGAGAUGAUAUGUCUGUUCUUUUCGCGAUGACGCUGUAUCUACCGGUUGGGUGAUUUCUGUAUUGUCUGAUCAUUUUCGAGACCGGCUUGUGAAGCUGCAAGUUCAGAGCUCCUUUAAUAAACUUGCAUUCACUUG